AUGGCAGUCAUCAGCGACACCAAUUCCUCCCGAGGAGUCUUCGUCGUCGGAGGUGAUGCGACAUCCAUCACAUUGUCCCUCGUGGCCAUUCCGGCCAUUGUCGUCUUCAUCUGGCAACGCUAUCAAGACACCCAAGCGAAACAUCUCUCCGUGGCGAGUGUAUCGUGCUUUGCGUGUUACAUUUCCUCCCUCGCCUUCAUCGUCGCAGUCACCAUGCUGUUACAUAUCCGCGCACCAGUGACACGGACACUGUGUGAUGCCACCUUGAUGGUUUGCAUCGUACUGCACAAGUUCGCCAAAGGAUCCGAGUUCCUCUUCCUGAUCGAGCGAAUCUACGUGAUAUCCUGGACCACCAAACCGCGCUAUCGUUCGACGCAAUAUAUCCUCGGCAUCAUCUUGAUCAUGCUUCCAUAUACAGCCUUCACCGCUGCUACCAUCUUCUUCCGAUACACCAUAGACAAGGGCCACGACCUCUGUGUCAUCGGCAUCCGACUACCAGCGACUAUAGCGUUAUUGUCAUUGGAAGUAUCCGCGCAAGUCUACUUCACCAUCAGAUUCCUAUGGCCACUCUUCACCGUGCAUCGGAACAUCAAAGGACUGGUGCAGCCUCUGCGACAAUUGAUCGUCCGAACGUGCAUUGGAAGCGCCGUCUCUUCGCUGGCGAACAUUGCCUCCAGUAUUUCGGUAGCCGUCUGGGUGGGACAGGGACCGGCCUGGCUGUGUUGCCUGGUCUGUAAGGCGAGUGUCUUCAUAUCAGCCUGUGCCCUGCACUGGAUCACAAGACCGAUACAAUCCGUGUCACAACAUGGCAGUGGGCCACAUGCGUUUGGAGAUCUUGCCGUGGGUUUUAGUGGAAGUCCGGGUGCUGCACCUCAUGCUUUGUCUUUUUCGCAGCCUCCCUCGUCGAAGAAAGACCUUGCUGCGAUGGACGGGCAAUCCAUCUCCAAGUAUCCCUCGAGUGUGAUGGAGGAGAUGGGAGAAAGGUCGCCGCAGAAGCUUGCAAUGUCCAAAUUGGAGUCCCUGGCAUGA